AUGCCUAGCAAGGAGAAGCUCGCGAGGAAGACUAAGUACUUCAACAAGCUGAUUGACCUUUGCGUCAACUCCCCCAAUGCCCUCCUUGUCGGUGUCGACCAUGUGGCCUCCAAGCAGAUGCAGGACAUUCGCAUCGAACUCCGCGGCCGAGCAGUCGUCCUCAUGGGCAAGAACACCAUGAUCCGCAAAGCCCUGGAGAUUGGUCAUGAGCAGCACCCAGAGGCCGGCCUGGACAAGCUGCGUGCUGCCAUCUAUGGCAACCGAGGCUUCAUCUUUGCCACGAACUGCACUUUGGAUGACAUCCGCGAGUGCCUCGCUAAGCACACGCGCCAGUCUGCUGCCAAAGCUGGCCAGACGUCCAUCGUUGAUUGGUUCAUCCCUUCCGGCCCGACGGGUAUGGACCCCUCCCAGACGGCAUUCUUCCAGGCCCUGAACAUCGGUACCAAGAUUGUCAAGGGUCAGAUCGAGCUGGUCUCUGAUUUCAAGAUCUUGGCGCAGGGCGAGAGGGUAUCUGCAAGUGGAGCAGUCUUGCUUGGCAAGCUGGGCAUCAAGCCCUUUGAGUACAAGAUCGAGGUCCUGGAGGUCUUCCAGGAUGCUGCAGUCUUCAGCGCAGCAGUCUUGGACAUGUCGGAAGCGCAGUUGAUCACCAAGUUCCUCGCUGGUGUUGCAAACAUGGCAGCUUUCAGCCGCGAGGUCGGCAUCCCCACGGAGGCUGGACUGCCCCACGCCUUUGGCAACGCCUUCCGAAAUGUUGCGUCCCUCAUCGCCGACAUCGACUUCACCUUCAAGGAGGUCGAGGAGGUCAAGACGUUCCUGGCGGACCCGGAGGCCUACGCUGCAGCCAACCCCGUGGCCGCUGCACCGGCCGCGGCCGGCGGCGGCGGAGAGGCCAAGAAGGAGGAGAAGAAGGCCGUGGUAGAGGAGGAAGAGGAGGAGGAGAUGGACUUCGAUCUCUUCGGCUAA